UCCAUGACUACAAAGUGGCACUGCCUUUUUCAAGCAUUGCUUAAUUAGAGGCCCACAUAUUGAACAGAAGAAAUUCAUCAUGAAAAAUUUGAAUGAUUGGAUGAGCAUGAAACACACAUAUACCAAAAUUAAUUCAUUUCAACUGAUAAAGUUUACAAACUUUUGGGUGUUUGUGAUAUCUGUUUUCCAAGAAAAUUCUCCUCAGCAUUUCCUUUUCCGUAAUUUGAUAUUAUAAACAAUGAUUGAUCAGAAUUCAAGGCUCUCUCACUCUCUCUAUAUUUCAUGAAAAUAGUAUCCAUGUUGAAGGGAAACUAUAUUUCUUGAUGUGGUGAAUCUUGUUUGAUUUGCUGACUAUCGAUAUAAUAGAGGAUUCUGCAGAUUGGUAAGAAACUAUUGUAAAUUUCAUUCACAUUCUACAAAUAAGUAUUCUAUUGACUCUUCCAAGUACUAAUGUACAAUUGCCAUAACAUUAAUUUCUUGGCAAUUUGAGAAACUAGACAAAUGCUUCUGCAAAAUGGUAUUAAGGUUCAAACUUUUAUAUUUUUCUUAGCAUCCAGUUUCAAAUCUCACUUGGAGUAAAAGUUUACAUGUCAAUUAAAUUUGUUCACAGACUAAUCUGCUCCAUUACUAAUCAAUAGUAUUCUGUAUUGUUAUUGGUAUUUUAACUUCUUUUUCGAAACUGAUGCAUAUAAGUACUACCAGAGACCGUACAAGCACAGUAGCAGAAUCAAUUAAAACCUUCUUAGACCAAUGUGAUUUAUUGGUUCCCCAAUGGCUAAGAAGAAGAGCUGGUUCAAUAUAGUGAAGAGGUUCUUUAUUAGAGAGACAAACUCAAAGCCAGCAAAGGAUAGAAGAAGGAAAUGGAUUUUUGGAGGGCUUAAGAUCAAAAGGUUAGCCUCACUCACUGCACCAUCAUCCUUAAAUGAAAGAAGUAUAGGUGAGGCAGAAGAAGAGCAGAUCAAGGCCCAUGCCUCCACUUCUGCUGAUGAAGUGGCUGUUACAGCCGCUCAAGUUGCUGUUGAGGUUGUUGAGUUCACUGGCAACCUUCAAUCUGACUAUCAAUGUGAACAUGAAUUGAAAGAGUUUUCAGACAUUAGAGUUCAAGGUGAAGCAACUCAGUCCAACCAUCAAUGCGAGAGAGAAAUCCUUGAAUUUGCAGCUACUAGAAUUCAGUCUGCCUUUCGGGGUUACCUUGCAAGGAAAGCCUUACGGGCAUUGAGGGGAAUUGUGAAACUCCAAGCUAUUAUUCGAGGCAGAGCUGUAAGACGCCAAGCUAUAACUACCCUAAAGUGCUUGCAGUCUAUUGUAAAUAUUCAGUCACAGGCCAGCACAAGAAGAUUUGGAACGUUGGAAGGCACUUGGAAUUAUGAUGAAAAUAAAGAAUUGCAGAAUUGGAAAGACAAGAUAACAAGGAUAGACACAAACAAUCAAAGAAGGUGGAAUGAUAGUGUAUUGUCAAAGGAAGAGGCAGAUGCAUUAUUUAUGAGUAAGAAAGAGGCCAUAAAUAAGAGAGAACGAAUAAAGGAAUACUGGUUUAGCCAUCGGAAGUCGGCAGAAACAGAUCGAAACAAGGUAAACGGAAGAUGGAGAUACUGGUUGGACCAAUGGGUAGACACACAAAUUACUAAAAGUAGAGAACUUGAAGAUUUGGACUCAGUUUUGACUUCAAAUCCAAGACAAACAGAUGACUGUGGAAGAAGACAACUUAAGCUAAGAAAUGUUAAGGGACAGAAUAAUUUUGAGGGAUUGGAUUCUCCAAUAUUUGUUCCCAAAAGAUCAAUUCAUCAUAGGAGGCAAUGCUCAUUGGGAGACCAUAAUACUUUGUCAAGCUCUCCUGUUCCAACUUACAUGGCUGCAACUGAAUCUGCAAAGGCAAAAGCAAGAUCAAUGAGCUCACCAAAAACACGGCUCAGGAAUUUCGAUACAUGCUCUGAAAGCUAUUCACCAUAUAAGAAUAAGUUGUCUCUCAUAUCCUCUAUUGCUACUGAAGUGCCAAGUGGUGGCAGGAUUGGCAAGACUAAUGGUUACCAACAAAGAUCUCCUAACUUGAAAGGCCUUCCAAGUCCUAUAAAAUCCAGACAGAUGGUAAAGGAUCUCAGCUUUAACUCAGAGUGCUCAUUGCAGAUUUGGGAUAGACAUGGUGGCUUCAGAUAAUUUCAGAUGUUUGGUUUAAGAAGAGAUCUUGGUUAGUGUGUUAGGUUGGAGUGGAGAACAUAGUCUGUAAUUUAAUAGAGUUUAAAUAGUUAAUAAUGGGAUGCUAUUUCAUCUCAUUAUUAAAUGAGUAGCUUACAGUAAUGCUACACAAUUGAUUGACACACA